AUGGCGAUAUUCUGCCACGGUGCUUCACCACUUGGGUACACACCCCGCCCGUUAUCAGGUAUUGGGGACGAACCUGUUCGGAACUGGCGAUCCGACGAUCCUACAUCUCACAUGGAGGGAAUCAGUUUGACAAAGGACCGACUUGUUAUCAACACAACAGGACUGUAUGUCGUGUACAGCCAGAUUUAUUUCUCUAAGUACAUCAGUGCGAACGCCCCCAAAUCCAGUAGUGUGUUGUACCACUAUGUGUACCGAUACAACGUCAUCUACCCUAACUCAGGCAAUCAGCUUCUCAUGAAGAGUGUCAGAACAUUGAACCUUGACCCCGUGGCGUCACACAGUGACCACACGAGUUACACGUCAGCGACACUUCGUCUGACGGUUGGUGACGAAAUUUACGUCAAAGUGUCUAACCUAUCUAUGGUGUCGCGAGCAGGAAAGGCAAGUUUCCUAGGCGUAGUACAGAUAGCGUAA